UAAGAAGGAGCGGAGGGGGGAGUGUGCUUGGAAGACACAUCUUUUUGAUCCAUUCAAACAUGACUAUUACCUGGUGGGCAGGAGGGGACAGGGGGGUCUUGUGUCAGGGCUAGUGAUACAAUGUGUCACUUCCUACCCUGCCUGUGACUGCAGCACCAGGAAGCUGCUGCUGAUACCACUGCCUCUUAUCACAAGCUGCUGUCUGUGACAUGGCUCUAUGCUGAGGGAUGAUACAUUAACCCUUCUCCGACCAUGGCUGCAAAAGACGACCUGUACAGCAAGAUCAUCCCCAGGAAGAACAGGCAGCCCCGCACCGGGACCAUCAAGCAUGGAUCAUCCCUCGAAAUCCUACUCUCCAUGGGAUUCCCAAAAACCAGGGCGCUGAAGGCAUUAGCCUCUACAGGAGGGAGAAGCGUCCAAGCUGCUUGUGAUUGGCUCUUCUCACAUGUAGACGAUCCCUUCUUGGACGACCAACUGCCUCGGGAAUAUGUACUAUACCUGCGACCGAUGGGCCCACUCGCCCAGAAACUCUCAGACUUCUGGCAACAAUCCAAGCAGCUGUGUGGGAAGAACAAGGCACAUAACAUAUUCCCGCACAUCACGCUCUGCCAGUUCUUUGUGUGUGAAGAUAAAGACGUGGACGCGCUGUGUGAAGCUUUACAGACGACCGUAUCCCGCUGGAAAUCCAAAUUUCCUAAUCCCCUGCCCCUGGAGCUCUACACAUCCUCAAACUUCAUCGGCCUCUUUGUAAACGAGGAGUGCGCCGAAGUUCUCAAGAAAUUUGCAACGGAUUUUGCUGAAGAAGCUUUGAUGAAAACGGAUGUUCGGGUGGAGCCACACAAGAAGCAGUUACAUGUGACGUUGGCGUAUCACUUCCAAGCCAAUCACCUGCCCACUCUGGAAAAACUGGCUCAGAACAUCGACUUGAACCUGGGAUGUGACUGGGUGGCGACAAUAUUUUCCAGAGACAUCCGAUAUAUCAAUCAUGAGACGUUGCAGGUUGUGUACCCGUAUCUACCACAAAACGAUGACGAACUGGAGCUGGUGCCUGGCGAUUUUGUCUUCAUGUCCCCCACAGAACAGACCAGCACCAGUGAAGGUUGGAUUUACGGCUGGUCGCUUGCCACUGGAUGUUCAGGCCUCUUACCUGAAAACUAUGUGACAAAGGCCGAUGAAUGUGGCACCUGGGUAUUUCAUGGGUCAUACUCGCUCCUUAAUAUGCUGAGCGCUAUCUCAUACCCUCUCAGCGAUGGAGUCCUGGACAGACGACAAGAUGACCAGGGACUGGUGGACGCUGCGUCACUCACCAUUAUCUGCCCGCCCAUGCAACCCCUGCGACUUAACACUCACCCAGGCCCCAAGAAGCGAUGUCUGUUUGUGUGCCGGCACGGAGAGCGAAUGGACGUGGUGUUCGGGAAAUAUUGGUUGACACAGUGUUUUGAUGCAAAAGGCCGUUACAUCCGGACAAACCUGAAUAUGCCCCCCAGCUUACCACAGAGAGGCGGUGGAUAUAGAGACUAUGAAAAGGACGCCCCGAUAACUGUGUUUGGGUGCACGCAAGCAAGACUUGUCGGAGAGGCUUUGCUGGAGAGUAACACUGCUGUAGAUUUUGUAUAUUGUUCCCCAUCGUUGCGCUGUGUCCAAACUGCACACAACAUACUGAAAGGGCUCAAACAAGACAAUAAGGGCAAAAUCCGCAUUGAGCCGGGUUUGUUUGAAUGGACCAAGUGGGUGUCUGGUACCACCCUCCCUGCCUGGCUCACCCCGGCCGAAUUGGCGUCUGCAAAUCUCAGUGUUGAUACAACAUACAGACCUCACAUUCCAAUCAGUAAGCUUGUGGUGUCAGAGACCUACGAAAGUUAUAUGAACCGCAGUUCCCAAGUGACGAAGGACAUUCUGACUGAAUGUAGAAGUAAAGUUGAGGAAAAUAAAAGUGUCUCAGAUGUUUCCUCUUCCUCAGGUGAUAACAUCCUCAUUGUUGCCCACGCCUCUUCCCUGGAAGCCUGUACCCGACAGCUACAGGGUCUCACUCCGCAGAACUCCAAGGACUUUGUGCAGGUCGUCAGAAAGAUCCCAUACCUAGGAUUUUGCUGUUGUGAAGAACUGGGAGAGUCCGGUCUGUGGCAGCUGAAUGAUCCUCCAAUACUUCCUUUAACUCAUGGACCAACUGGUGGAUUUAACUGGAGAGAGACUUUACUCCAAGAAUGACAUGUGGGAUGGACCAUGCUAUUUAUCAAACUGUAGAACAUAUCGCCUCCGGAUGCAAAUGCAGGCAAAGCAUCAGCCGCCGCCCAAAUAUACCAAUGUAUUUCAUGUUUUGCCUAAUAUGUAUGUAUGUAUGUGUGUGUGUAUAUAUAUAUAUUUAUAUAUAUAUAUAUAUAUACAUACAUAUGUGAGGUUUCUAAUAGAUAUUUUUGUUGAGAAUUAAUAUUUAUCAGGUCAGAGUGAUAAAGCUGUAUAUUAAACUGAUAUCUACCUGUUGGGAGUACAAUAGGGCAUGAAUCUGCAAUUUAUACAAGUAUAACCUCAUUGUCUGUGAGUCAGUAUACAGCUUAUCCUGUCUGUGGAGCUUCCUGGCAUUGAUCUGACACACAGUUACCGUCUUCCUAGUCUUCAUUUCAUGAUGUUAUGUGUCCAGUCCUCACUUGUGGGGUUUGAGCUGUAUAGAGCCCUGGUUAGUAUGGUCCAGCACUGACGGAUAUUACUCAGCAUGUUCCUAUCUUGAAAUAGUAAAACGUUGCUGGAGA